AGGUCUUUACUCAAAAUAUUCUCUGGGUUCGGUGUUCUUUUUCUAUUUUUGCGGUGGGUGGACCGAGUAUGACUGUGUCAUUGUGCUUGAUUUUUGUGUUGAUAUUUUUCGAUAAAUAAGAAACAAAGAAAAAAUAUUCCUUUGAGAUUUGGAUAGUUAUUUUAAAUAUUAUUUUAUGCUUUUAUGAGAGUGUAAAAAGUCUGAAAUAAGUUUUGCUAACAGUUCAUUAUUGGAAAUGGGCCAGUAAUUCUAGGUCAAGUUCUUCAACUUUCUAAACUGGGUUUGAUAUUUAAGAAACCUUUGUGAAUUUAGUACUUAUAUCGGUGCUUGUGUUUUUUUAUAACAAAGUUUUGGCUUUUUAUUGUUUGUUAUUGAUAUUAAUAGGUUUAUUGGGUUGAAAUUAUUCUUGUGGCCUUCCCCAUUUUCCAGUUGAUUUCCUUUUGUUGAUGAAUGGAUCAUAUCCUAAUAUAGUCUGGUCACUGCAACAGGCAGGAACCACUGGCCCUUCGGUUUCUCAAAUUUUUUGGUCUCAUUCUUUCACAAAUCUUUGGUCACCAAAAGAACUUCACUCAUUGUGACCCUUUAGGUUUGACUUACCACGGGAGUUGGAAGUAUGGCUGUCUCUUUAACUCGUUUGUCAUGGUGGUUGUGGGGUGGCAAAGAGAAAGAGCCAGUUUCCAGUGGCUCUCAGCUGAAGUCAUCUUCUGAAUGGGGUUUUAAGGAGAGAGAGACUCUGAAGUUUCCUUCUGUGAAGGGAACAAAGAUAGCUCCUUCUCACAGGAAGGGUAAAAGGAAAUGGCAGAGCAGGGAAGAGAGAAGACUUGAUAGAGAGUACGAUGUUGUGCUGGUGUCAUCUGAUGGUGAUGGUUGUUGGUCAGACUCUGAAUCUGAUGACUCAGAUUGGUCCAUUGGGUGGCUGGAGCCUCAUGGCUCUGAAUUUCUUCAGAGUGAUGACGAUAUGGAUAAUAGUUUUGCUGUGCUGGUUCCUUGCUAUAGGAAGGAGGUGGAGAGUUCAAGCAAGGAGCUUUUGAGUGCCAUCAAGAACCUUCCAAAUGAAUUUUCUCCUGUUUUCUAUGUGGUUUGGCCUUGUUGAGGAUUCUGAUGCUAAUGAAGAAAUGUGUCAGUCAUUAUCAAAUACUAUGCACUAUUUAGUAAUUAUGAGUGCAAUGGUAAUUGGGGCUUCAAACUCGCUAAGUCCAAAUAGGCUAAUACAUACUACAUCAUAUAGACCAGGUAGUUUUGCCUUUUUCUUAGAAUUGUCUUCAAAUGCAUUGAUCUGCGCGGCCUUUGUUUUUAUUUAUUUAUUAUACUUUUUGCAUUUUUCUUUGUCUGUGGAUAUUGUUGGGGUUUCUUGUUCUAUCCUAUGCUGGUUUUCGUUCCUCUUUUAUAUUCCAACGGUUUAAUGUCUGAUAUGCAAAGUAGCCUAGAUUUUGAGGUAAUUUUCUUUGGUUGUAUCUUACCUAUUCCAGGAGGUUUCCUUAUGCUUCUGUCAUGUGUUUUUUUUUUCUUUUAUCAAAUUCUUAUUUUGAAUGUAAAGUGUUAGAUAGAAAUUUUUGUUCCGGUGGUAAAUCACUUUACUUGGUUGUGUGUUCAUGAGAGAUAAAAAGUCUCGUUCAUGAAACUGCUGAAGUAGCUUCACCAUCACAAUCUGAUUAAGGUCAUAAACUCCACACUGUACAAGGCACAGCCAAUUGACCACUGUCUUUUUACCACAGUCAAAUGACUUGAUAUUUUUCUCUCAUGUCCUACCCUGCAUUUUCUCUUCAAUAAUAAAUAGAAUUAAAAAGAUAGCGUAUAGUAUACUAUAUGAUGUGCUAACAAGACAUGUUAGCAGAACAGCUACUUUCCUUUUUAUUUCGGAACUGUUCCUUUCUUGUCUAUGGAAAGUGGUCCUGGCUUUUAGAUCUUUAUGAUUGAAUGUACAUUUAUACCUAAAUCAUCUUGUAGUAUCUAUAGGACACACAGAUGAAAUUGAUUGAAUUUGUAACAGUUGCAUACUUUUGUGUUAAAAUAACUAUUCACCACUUUCAAUUGAGCUCUUUGUACAUAUGUAAACUAGGGAAAGUUGUCUUAGAAUUAAUAUGGAAGUGCUUUCUAUGGAGUAAAAGCAUUCAUUUCCAUUACUGAUUACUCUUACAGUACCACUUGAUACAUUCAUCUGUAUUAUAAUAUUUAUGUAUCUGCCUUAUGAAAAGAUUAUGGAACUGUUCUAAAUUGGUCUUUGGAACACUGUUUGAAU